AAAAAUCUCUGGUUUUGAUUCGUUUCUCCACAUGGCGUGUUUCUCCGUGGACCUCAUGGCUUGGCCUUAGACCUCCGCUCCGGGUCUCACACUUUCAGCGGAUGGUGCUGCAGAAUGGCCGCGCCAACGUCGGCAAAGGCGUCCUCGGCCUUCGGACCGAGACCCCUGCAGUCGCUGCCGGAGUUGACCAAGCCCUUCCGAAGCUUCGCAGGAUAUGCUGAACAAUGCAAGCCCUGCGUCCUGUCACUGGGAUGUGGAUGGAAUUGCAUACCUUGGGCAAGGCGUGGCUUGGCGUCUCCUCCAACCACUGAGCUCUCUGCAAAGCUGCACACGCUGCAACGAAGGUGCACAGUGAGCUUUGAGCCCACCAGGAACCUCUUUCACUUCGACGUGGAGGUAGACUCUGCUGACGGCGGACGUCGCAGGUUGAUCAAUCCAGGCCGAAUCUCCAUGCACUUCCAAGACUUUUGGGAGACCUGCCGACGCGCUUCCGCGGUGGCUUCCGCGGCUUCCGCUCCAUCCGUUCAGUCGGAUGGACGAACUGCACGGGUGGUGAACAUGCCCUAUGACACCGAGGAUCUACCAGAGCCUGCGAAUCCAGAGGAGCCACAGGUCUUGGAGGUAUCCUUAGAGGAGCUGAAGAAUCUGGCACUUUACUGCGUGGAAGAUGCUGGAGACUGGGCAGAUCUUCUUCAGGACGUCCACCCGGUGGAUCCGGCUGCUUUGAUCCAUCCUGAGUGGCAGAGACUACUGCGCGAGCGGCGAAUCUGGAUGUCCUCUGGAGGUCCACAGGGCACUCAAUCCGUCUCCGCUGGCUUCCAUUGGGACCACCUGCAGAACAUCCACGUGGUUCUCAGCGGUUCCAAGGAGGUCUUCCUGGUAGCUCCUCUACUUGCGCCAGCCUUGUGUGCUACGCGAUUUUGUCCACAGUCCCAGUGGCAGAUGUCUUCUUCAGGGGGCAGGAUGCGCGUGGAGAAGGUCGAGAUGCAGUCCGCAGCGUCCUCCACAGACUAUGGCCUCAUUUCGGUUGACAGCUCAUAUGAAGAGAAUCUUCAGCGACAUCAUCGAAUGGCGAUCGAAAUGAAGGCCAUCUUCAUCCCACCGGGCUGGUGGCAUUCGAUCCGCACCUUCCGUCCUGACAGCAGAUCUGAUGGACUGCCCUUCGCGUUGAGCAUGAACUUCUGGUACGAGCUAUCAGCGGAAGCGAAGGCAGCGCAAAGUGCGGUGCUGAUGACCCUGGAGAUCCUCUCUCGGCAACGAGCUGUGGCUGGAGUGCCAGAGGAGCACAUCAAAGAGCUUUUGGAGCGGCUGGGGGUAGACGAAGUGGAGAUGGAUGAAGAUCGUCCAAGCCACUUCGAGAAGGUCGACUAAUCCUCACGAACCGAGCAGAACAAGA